UCGGUCGACCACGAGUGCGAGGAGUUCGACGUCUGCUUUCUGCACUCAUUUUUGUCAAUGUACAAUGGUUACGCUUUGGCCCUCCAUGGCUCCAAUGCUUGUAACCAACUUGCUCAGUCAUUGACAUUUCAUACCUGCUGUUGCCAGAAACGCCUCUCAUUAAGCCAGGCAUUGCGAUAUGUGAAAAGCCACCCGCCACCUGCACUAUGCUGCUCGAAUUCCAUAUGCGCUGCUGGGCUGUCCUCCCAGUGCCAAUCAGACGGGUCCCGAAAGACACGAAACAACACAGUCCGGCCAAGGAGGCUGAACACGCCCAAAGUGUUUCUCUCUGGGUCAAAGCUUGAUGAUCAGCCCGCUGCGCGAAGCCGCCAGUCUCGCCACGGCUUUCAUACGAUCGCACCUUUAGCUGUUCCCCAAGGUCACAGAGUGCACAACCCGACUGCCAAACCUCCGAAUAGACCUCCGCCUCCUCCCCCACCUGCGGCCAAUACAUCCCUUCCUCCAGCGCCGGUCGUACCUUCUCGUAUUGGAGUUUCAACGGGACGACCCGCACUCGGAAAUCGAAGAAAGGCAGGGAGUUCUAGUGAUGAUAAACGACCGGCUCCUCACAAUCCCUCCCAGGAGAUGCAACGGCAGAAAGAUCUAGAAGAAGCCUUUUUCCGAUUGCAAGGCCAUAUAGCAAAGGCGACGCUAAGAUUGGAACGGCUUCACCAAGAGCUCGCUGCCUGGAAAGAGCACAAUGUCAUUGGCCAAGAGUUACACCUUGCGAGGAAAGCUGCACGACAGCAAUACAUCCAAGAUCUAGCUGUUACGAGGGCGAAUGAUCUGGUGAUGCCACUGGACAACCGUCUGAGCAGGAUAUCUCACAAUGUCGACACUCUUCGACGACACUUUGCUGGUGAAUGCGAACUAAUGCGGACUUACAGACGCCGAUUGGUGGCUGACAUCGAAGAAACCGUUGCCCAGAUGACAGAUAUGCACCAAGAGGAUUCAGUUGAUGUCUUGUUGCAAGAAUCUGGCCAUCUGUUCAGUGAUUUGACUCGCCUGGGUCUGUCACCAAGUGAUCUGAUAGGGAUCUGUGAGGGACUGCAAACCCGGGGCCUGUGGGAAAUGAAUGAAGAAGUGCGAUUCUGGAGGGAGUAUAGUCCCAUGGGUGGCAAGACUCCAAAUGUCAAGCUCGCGUUGACCAAGAUAAUCGACCUGCGCCCCAAGCUGGACAUCAAUGCAGUGGCGAUUUCAUUGGAAGUCCACCAUCUUCGGAAAAUCAGGAGAAACCGCAUGAGCUACGAACGCCACCCAGAACUCUUCCAGUAUCUCCUCCACGACCUCAAGUUCUACCUUGCCCUAAACCGGAUUGCUAACACCGCGAAUGCGAUUUUCCAUGAAGCUCGUAACUUCGGUUUCUGGGUACAUUCAUCAUUUCCUGUCAAAACUAGUAGAAAUGUGUUCAGGAAAUGGUCUGAUCUUCGCUUGUGGCUGCUUAUACAAAAGGUUGCCCGGGGCGCUUCAACUCUAAAGGCCCACUAUUGGGAUCAUCUCCGCGGCUUGAAGGUGUUUGCCAUUGACUCAACCUCGUCUGACCUACCUCUCCAGCUGGCACGAGUGUCGGACUUUGGACCGUUCACGGUAUGCCAACAGAAUUUCAACGAUAUCUUAAAGCUCGUUAUCGAUUUCAAGGACGAAAUGGAAGGAUUCAGGAAGUUCAACCCACAAUUCAAGGCAGAAGUGGAUCAGCGUCCAGCUCUUAAUCUUUUCCUUGAAAAUCGUGAAUGGCAGUGGAAAGCAACACACCAUGUGAGGAGCAGAUUUUGGCGUGACUUGGAAGCUGCUAUUCAUUGGAAAGCUGCCGCAGAUCUAUGCCUGGGCUUUGUCCCGCGACCAGUUAGUCGAAGCCUGAUGAGAGUGCCUGAGAAUCUUAAUUCAGUCGAUCGAGGACCGAAGGCAAGCCAUGUGCCCGUCGCAGGGUUUAUAGAUCAUCGGUUGCCGCUUUCCGGGUGUCUCUACCCUCAAGGGCCGUCUGUGCCUGUGAAAUACAUCACCUCGUCUGUGAGGGCCUCUACGGUUAUUCAGGAUCUUUCCAAGACCAGAGUCAUUGCUCUUGACCUGGUCAUGAAAGAUGCACCCGAAGCGAGAGCUGUAUCAUCAAGUAAGGGGGCUUCCCGCACCUCACUCACUUCGGCACGCCUCCCAAUUGAUUUUGUGGUCAUGACGACUGAAACUGAAGUGGCAAUCUUCCACAUUGGAUAUCUGGGUCCCAUGGAAGUCAUAUCAACCGGGCUGUUCGAGCCGAUCCUUGAGAAUGAAUCUAUCCUGAAAGUUGGCUUCAACAUCGAGCACCAGAAACGGCUGCUUUCAAAAUAUCUCUGUCACAGGCUUAUCCAAUACCAUGACCUCCGGCUACAACCUCAACGCCACAUCGCGACAGCCCAAUCACCUAUCGAUGCCUCGUGGACCACCAAGGCUUCUGGCGCAUAUUCACAAAAGUCAGACCUCGCGAAGGGAUUGAGAACUGCAUACCAGAACCCAUCCCUCUUCUUUCACAAUCUGGCUUCAACUGGCUACGCAGCCUUGAAAAUGUAUGCUGCUGCAUGCAGAGCGCGUGACACUGGUGCAGCAUCGGCCGCGGAGAGCCAAGGACAGAUCCCGUCUCCAAAUCUCGGGCCCGUCUUGAUUUAUGCUGAUACCAGUUCGCCUGCGCGCGCGACGUAUAGGGAGUUGAAUCUUCCAUAUGUCGAACGUAAGAAGAUUUUGCUGGGACUAGCAAGAGGAAUGGCGAAGACGAUGUAUGAAGACACCUUGCACGCGAAAGACCUGCCAUGGCUGGCCAAAAGCCUUCCAGCCUCGGUCAGACAGGCAUAUGUUGAGGAAGACGGUGACCUGCAUGCGUAUGUACUUUUCACCUCAUUCCACGAAAACCUAGAGACUAUCGCGGGGUAUCUGGAGGUUGAUGAUGCCGUCUCGAGAAUCCUUGUCGCCGCCGAACGAUAUCAGCUACCUCUGCUUGAUAUUGAUCGGAAAUAUCUGUCUACCCUGAGGGGCUUUGGCUCUGCGCCAAGCACCGAGAAUGAAGUUGCACAGAUUCUUAAAAUUAGGACAAAGAAGAAAUCCCGUAAGCGACGAAGAAGAAAGCCGGGAGGCCUUCCAGACGAAUCAGAAGUUGAGAUAUAUGAAGCUCUAGAUGAGAAGGCCAGUCUUCCUGAGGAAAUGUUUCAGAUGGAGGCCGUGCCACCCAAGGUUUCAUCAGCAGAGUCCGAUGUGUCGAAGGCCCUGACGAAAGAAGUUGAACGGUUGAAGGAGGUGGCACAUGGAGGUUCGGAUGACGUGAAGAUUUCACCGAAAGAUAAGAAGGCAGCCCAUGCCUCUCCCAAAGAGCGGAAAAAGAGAUUAUCGGUCAUGUCCGACACGAGCCGCGCAAUACGGUUCAGCCCUUCCUCGACGACAGUUCUAUCGACAAAGAGACGGACGGCAGUCAAGACCACAGUGAUGAGCGUGGCGACCGCGAAGUCCGCUUCUCCAGACCUGGCCGAGAACAAAACACCCAGCUCGGUAUUGUUUUCACCGUUGUGGACCAAGGCCAAGCACGAUGCUCCCCGAGAGUCGCCGGACAAAGGUUUAGAGGCCUCGUCGGCCAACAAGACUGGGGCGCACAAGGUCCGCAAAAGAGCGAGGAAGGCGAGCGGCCAAAGGCACGUGGGCACCAGUACACAGGCGGCGUCUUCCAAAAGAUCGACGCGGUGGGACUCUACUUCGACCAAGCAGUCGCAAUCUCUGCAUCCGCCCUACAAGACGCUGCGGUAGCCUGCCGAGGGGGAUGUCUUGGGGGCCGGAUAAACAUAUAUGAUUUGUACGAACAUGGUUGUACGAGCAGAACUUAAUGAGGAAUCUGGAUCUGCCUAAUACGAUACUGGAUGUGUAUACCAAAAGAAGUCUCUUUGACGCACGCUAUGAGUACUACCCAACGAUGCAUACUUGGGUAAGGUGUAUAGUACACGAAACAAUUAGAUAUGCAAGAAAGAUUCGUUC